AAAAAAGCACGGAUGACGACGUGCAAAAAUCCGACAUCUCCUCCAGCAGCCAGGGCGUCAUCGAGAAGGAAUCGCUGGGGCCGCUCCUGCUCGAGGCUCUAGAUGGGUUCUUCUUCGUGGUGAACCGCGAGGGCCGCAUCGUGUUCGUGUCGGAGAACGUGACGGGCUACCUGGGCUACGGGCAGGAGGAGCUGAUGAACUCCAGCGUGUACAGCAUCCUGCACGUGGGCGACCACGCCGAGUUCGUCAAGAACCUGCUCCCCAAAUCCCUGGUGAACGGGGUGCCGUGGCCGCAGGAGCCGGCGCGGCGCGGCAGCCACACCUUCCAGUGCCGGAUGCUGGUGCGGCCGCCGGACGAGGCGGGCGCGGAGCAGGCGGAGCUGCGGCAGCGCUACGAGGCCAUGCAGUGCUUCACCGUCAGCCAGCCCCGCGCCUUCCAGGAGGAGGGGGAAGGAAAAAUCAUCUCCAUCGACACCAGCUCGCUGCGCGCCGCCGGCCGGACGGGCUGGGAGGAUCUGGUGCGGAAAUGCAUCUACGCCUUCUUCCAGCCCCAGGGCCGCGAGCCCUCCUACGCCAAGCAGCUCUUUCAGGAAGUGAUGACUCGGGGCACGGCCUUCAGCCCCUCGUACCGCUUCACGCUGAGCGACGGAAAAAUCAUCUCCAUCGACACCAGCUCGCUGCGCGCCGCCGGCCGGACGGGCUGGGAGGAUCUGGUGCGGAAAUGCAUCUACGCCUUCUUCCAGCCCCAGGGCCGCGAGCCCUCCUACGCCAAGCAGCUCUUUCAGGAAGUGAUGACUCGGGGCACGGCCUUCAGCCCCUCGUACCGCUUCACGCUGAGCGACGGCUCCGUGCUGAGCGCCCACACCAAGUGCAAGCUCUGCUACCCCUCAAGCCCGGAGCUGCAGCCCUUCAUCAUGGGCAUCCAUGUCAUCGACAGGGAUCAUGGAAUUCUCUCCCCCCAGGACGCCCCCGGCCCGGGCCUGGCCAUUCCCAGGGUGAAUCCCAACGUUCCUCCGGCGCCGGGAAUGGCGCUGCCGCCUUCCCUCCCUCCAUCCAACGGCGCCGUCAUGGCCGCGCCCUCCGCUCACCCCGGGAAUUCCGCCUCGGGCCAAGCCAAUUUCGGGAAUCCUCUGGGAUCCAACGUUGCCUUAAGCCAAACUCCCGGCAAUUCCCACCCUUUGUCCCACGGCAGCUCCCCCAUGAACAGCCCCGGAAUUCCGGCGCCGCAAUUCCUGUCGCCGCGGCACCGCGGGAGCCCGGGCUUGAUUCCCAGAUCCCGAGCUCCUCCCGGCAAUCCCUUCUCGCCAUCCAUGCACUCCCCGGCUUCCUCCUCAUCUUCCUCCUCCUCUUCCUCUUCCUCCUCCUCCGGGAAUUCCCGGCCUUUUCCCAACGCUCCCGUCAACUCGGCGCUUCCGGAGCCUCCGGCAAACCCGGGAUUUUUGAGGCAGCCAAGCUCCCAGAACUCCCCCGGCCGCGUGGGCGGCAAAUCCGACGCCAAGGACGCCAAGGAAAUCUCCUCCAUCCUCGGCGAGAUGAUCCAAGGGGACGGCGGCGGUGGCUCCGAGAAAACCCCGGAGCCGGGAAUGCCGCACGGAUCCGAGGGAGGGGACGGCGGGAAGUGUCCCCAAGGCACGAGCCACCGGCUGGUGCAGCUGCUGGCCAGCACGGCCGAGCAGCAGCUGCGGCACCACGCCGACGCCGACACCAGCUCCAAGGAUUCCCUGGCGUGCGCCGGCAUUCCCGGGAAUCCCGGCCCGGCGCCGGCGUGCCCGUCCUCGCACAGCUCGCUGACGGAGCGCCACAAAAUCCUGCACCGGCUGCUGCAGGAGGGCAGCCCCUCCGACAUCCCCGCCCUGGCCGCCGAGCAGGACAAGAAGGAGAAUUCCGGCGGCGGCAGUUCCGGCGGGAAUUCCGGCAUGGCGGAGGCGGAGAAGAAGAAGGAGUCCAAGGAUCACCAGCUGCUCCGGUACCUGCUGGAUAAGGACGAGAAGGAGCCGGCGGCGCCGGCGCUCAGCCUGGACGACGUCAAGGUCAAGGUGGAGAAGGGCGAGGCCGCCGAGCCGUGCCCUGCCGCGCCGGCCGCCGUUCCCAAAAUUCCCGCCGCCGACGAGGUCAAGAUGGAGGCGCCGGGACAGUUCUCGGCCGAGCUGGAGCAGCUGGAUCAGCUCCUCCCUUCCCUGGAGAAACCCGCUCCCGUUGCCGCCAUUUCCAGCCUGGAGCGGAGCGACGCCGCCGCCAGAGCCCCCUCGGGUACGGCG